CCUAUCACACUUGUCAAUCCUUCGGACCUGCAUUCAGGAUAGAUUCCUCACUUCUAGUUAUUACGUAUACAGUAAUACUGUGCCACACACUAUGAGGGUUCUGCUUUUGUUUACCGUGGCGGUCCUAGGCCGCGCCCUGGCGCUCCCAUCCUGGUUAUCCUUUAGUGACACGGACAACCCGUCACAAGAGAUCACCGCAAACACAGAAAUCACAGCUGCUGAGGCCCGUGAAUGUAUGCAAAAGGCCGCCUGGGGGCGCUGCGAGUUCUACGACUGCCUCGAGCAGAAGUUUGCAUGCGGACCAAAUGGCUACACGAACAAGAUCAGCAAGCACUUUUGCACCAAGAUCGACGCUGACUUCGACAGUUUUGAUACUUUUGGUAAGCGUUGGUUGAACCAGACGAGCAUCUGUCUGGUGAGCUACAUGCGGACCAUCUACGAACAGGCGGCCACUUCCUGCCUCGACAUCAAGAACGCCGGCAUUGAGGCCAUCCUCGCGUGCAACGAAGGCGUGGUGGACGGACAGGAUUUUUGCGAUUUCUUGGACACAAACGGGGCCGCCUACAAUAACUUGAUGGGUCUACAGGAGGUGCAGCUCAUGCUCGGGCUCCGUGACGUCAGGGUGUUCCGGAGCAUGAUCGAGGACGCUGUCACGUGCGGAGUUGGGAGUCUGGCGGACAGAGCACGAUCUGUUGGCGCCAGCAUAUCCGGAUUCUUUAGCCGCGUCUCCAGCUACAUGUUCAGCUAGACACCCACAGAAGACGGGGGAGCAGGGGAGUGUUUUGGGAGGCAAAAUUGGAGGUUCAGUGACGGCAGGAUAUAUACUGUAGAUUAUCUUUGUAGUUUUAUAGAAGUCAGAUUUGUGUUUGUAAAAUGACAACUAAUGAAUACGAUUAAACUGAAUAAUUUUG